GUAAAUGGAUUGCUCUUCCUUGUUUACAUACGUAUAGGCUAUACACUAAUACACAUAAAAUAAAAUAACUUGCUAGGCUUAUAACGAUUUAGGGCAAGACAUUUUUGGACAUUAUGGAACGGGUAAAAUGCUGUAAAGUAUGCCACACGAUUACCUUCUCCAAGGUGCGUAAAGAUAAGCGCAGAGCUACUUAACACGGUGAUGUCUGGAGGGGUGUUGCUGUGUGACAUCACUGGAGGGAACUGCCCUCUCUUGCUGAGUUGGACAAAGAGUGAGCAGAGCCACAACCCAGACGUACAGUAUGAACGGAAAAGCCACUCUGAUUUGAAUGCUUUGAGACUGGUAUAGAUUGGUAAGUGCCUCUCUUGGAUCUGUAAAUGUUGCGUUACUCCUCACGCGGCAUUUUGGGAAACACACAUGGGUAACCUGAAACUGGACUUGGAGAGGUAUGGUUAUUUGGUCGUCGAUGUACAAGAGUCCCCUCUCUUUCUGUUUUGCGUAAAUCACGCAAGUCACAGUGGGGGCGUCCAGGACGCAUGACAGCUCCGAAAUGAAGUUUGGGAAUAGUAUUUGCAUCCUGAACGUGGGAGGCACAAAAUACGCCUUCCCCAGGGAUGUAAUAAAAGAUUUCCCUCUGAGGAGGGUCAGCCGGUUGCACAGCUGUGCUUCAGAGAAAGAGGUGUUGGAAGUCUGUGAUGAUUACGACCGGGAGAGAAACGAAUUUUUCUUUGACAGACAUUCGGAAGCUUUCGUGUUCAUCAUGCUGUACGUGAAGUCGGGCAAGCUGAGGUUCGUACCGCAGAUGUGUGAGCUGUCGUUCUACAAUGAAAUGAUCUACUGGGGACUUGAGAGCUCGCAUCUGGAGUUUUGCUGUCAGCGUCGCCUGGACGACAGGAUGUCCGACACUUACACCUACUUUUCGGAGGAGGACAUCAAAACCGAGCAGGAGUUGAGAGACGAUGAUGAUCUGGAUAACCCAACUGCCACUGGGAGCGGCAGUGCGAAGUGGCUGGAGAGAAUGCGGAGAACUUUCGAGGAGCCCACGUCGUCUGUGGCCGCACAGAUACUGGCAUCUGUUUCCGUCAUUUUUGUGAUUAUGUCCAUGGUGAUACUGUGCGCAAGUACACUGCCGGACUGGGACACUGCCAAGAACAACAGCGCCGAGGAGCACAGGAUCAUCGAGGCUGUGUGCAUUGGCUGGUUCACGGCGGAGUGCAUUGUCCGUUUCAUCGUGUCCAGGGACAAGUGCGAGUUUGUCCGGCGGCCACUCAACAUCAUCGACCUGCUGGCCAUCACCCCCUACUACGUUUCCGUGGUGAUGACUGUGUUGACGGGCGAAAAUCCGCAACUGCAACGGGCGGGCGUCACCCUGCGCGUGCUGCGUAUGAUGCGCAUCUUCUGGCUGAUCAAGCUGGCCCGCCACUUCCUGGGCCUGCAGACGCUGGGCCUGACGCUGAAGCGCUGCUACCGCGAGAUGGUCAUGCUACUGGUCUUUGUCUGCGUUGCCAUGGCGAUCUUCAGCGCCCUGGCCCAGCUGCUGGAGCACGGCCUGGACCUGGAAGCCAGCAAUGAGGACUACGCCAGCAUCCCGGCCGCUUGCUGGUGGGUUAUUAUCUCCAUGACGACCGUCGGCUAUGGAGACAUGUACCCCAUCACCAUGCCCGGCCGGGUGCUCGGCGGCGUGUGCGUGGUUAGCGGCAUCGUCCUGCUGGCACUGCCCAUCACCUUCAUCUACCACAGCUUUGUGCAAUGCUACCAUGAGCUAAGGUUUCGCUCUGCCCGUUGCACGCGGAGCCUCUCAGCCGAGUUCCUCAACUAACAAAUAAGGCAGCUGCCCUGGCUCCUUAUACCCUCUUCUCUACUCCACCUCCACUUCUCUAAUCCUGCCUGUUCCACUAAUUCUUUGCUCUAUUUACUGCUAGGAUUUGGACUUUGGCAUGGACAUACAGUAUACUUAUAGAUUAAAAUUUCUCAGCAACAACCCCCCCACCCCAAAAGUACGCUCAGGAUUUCUUGUCCCUUUGCAGCAGGUUACCUCCAUCAUCGGCAGGUGGAGCCAUGUUUAUGUGUUGCUCUCCUACCCAACUGCCUGUCUUACUACAAAUAAGACAACUGAAUGGAUUUGAUGUAGACUUUGUGAAAUCAUUGCCUUGAGAAACCAGCAGAAUUCUUUUGAUUCUAGGACCGCUGCGUAUUUUGGAUGAGUCUGGAACUCUUUGACAUACCACUGACAGUCCCUCUGGGGCCUGUUGACAGGGUGGGUGGGCAUAACUGGCCAAAGAAAGGGCAAAAGGACUAAUGAUUAGAACCUUUCUUCAUCGCAGGCCAGUUAGUGUCCUCUGCUAGACACAUGAGUAGUAGAACCAUACAGAGAAAAGCACUGGGAACAAAUACUGAGCCUCCUUCAAAGCCUUACAGAACAUUUCUUACUGAACUCUUUGACAGAUGGUUGCCAGUUGCAGAGAAUCUACUAUUUGAACUCCAUUUGAUUUACUUAUGUUUCUCUAGCAGCCAUACAGGACCAUUACUGGGAGUCAUUUUGUUUCUUGUGCCGCAAAAGGGCACCAUGUUAAGAAUCUGUUUUUGUUUUUGAAGAUAAAUUGUUUCUUUACCGCCCUUCCUUGCACCUGGAGCUGUAAAAUUGUGAAAAGAGAAAAUCUAAUCUUCAUUGAUUUUUAUGUUUCUCCUGACUAUGGAUGAAAAGUGAAUUGUUUUAGGUGGGCAUUGGCCAUUGUAAAUUACUGGGAAAUGGUUGGGUCGAGUGAGGCUGGAUUUUACAAUAUAUACUUGGGUUUACUUUGUUUCACCAAACAUUUCAGAUGAAUCACAGAUGAACCAUCUGCAUUGUACUAAACUGUAUAAAUCAAGUCUCACAGACUUGUCCAAGAAACAGUUUGCUUGUGAUACCCAUUUCCUGUGGUGGUGGUGGGGUGGGGGGUGUUUCAUAAACGGGCAAAUGGUACCGCCAUCUGCUAUACAUGGUCCCAGUCCUAAUAUGCACCUUCUAAGCGAGACUGUUUGAGUCUGCACUCAAUCUGUCAGUCAUCAAGGCUAGGCCAACUGUUCUCUGUGGCUUCUGAGUAGUAUGCAUCAAAGAUGCAUAUUUGCAUAAGAUUAGAUCACCCCUGUCCUGAACAUCAUUGAUCCUUCCCCAGAGGGAAGAAGAGACAGAGGGAGAGAGAGGACAGGCACGUAAUGCGUGAGCAUAGCUUUCCACUGAGUGAUAGGAAGUCAAGGAGGAGAAGGUGGGCUAGCUGACACCUCACAGUGCGGGUGGAGUAACACAAAAUUACCCUGCACCUCUUCAAAUAAAAGGACUGUUCAACUUUUUUUUUAAAGAGACAAUGUUACAAAACAGAUCAAGAAAACGUGGCACUUACAGAUGCUGGAUGUGAUGACCAGCAUUUCAAAAAUACAUGUCAUGAUUAAUUUAUUACUUGGUAAAAUAAAUUAAAUAAAAUAAAA